AUGAUGGUGCCGUCACUCACCGUAGCAAAUCCAGAACAAGUUUUGAAUCGUUUCUUGGAUAAAUGUCCCUAUAUCCCGCUGCAAUCGACGGCUCAAAAUAUCACGCUUCCAAAUAACUACUUUUUAUCGAUUGAUUUGAUCAAUUGGCUGAUGGAAAAUGUGAGCCAGUUGACAACACGCGAAAAAGCGACCGAGUAUGUGAAUGGAGAACCACGAAUAAACUCGUUUAGAAGUCCUCCCGGUGAGAGUGACGAGGUGGACUCGUGUCGAUCACUUGACACCGAGAAGCGCUCUAUUCGAUACGGUUUUCAGCUUUGCUCUCUUGCAAGUGACAAUAUGGAAAGCGAUCAACAGACGCCACCCGUUCGCUACAUGAAAGUCGAUUAUGUGAAUAGUUGCGAGAAUUGCUCGAUAAAAGACGAGUGUCGAUUCGCGCCUGGUGCUUUUGAUUUGGAGUUGAGUCCUCGGGGAACGAUCGAUGAGGGGAAUGUGCUCGGGGAAUGGUGUCGGGUGGUCCACGAUCGAGCGUUUAGUGAAGACAAAGCCUUCGAGAUGACAAUCAAAUGGUUCCUUGCCUCGGGUGUCACCGUUGGUGAGGCAAUCCGGGGAUGGGUCGAGAAAGCUGACAAAUUUCACUUCAACUUGUUCCCAGUGCCUGAAGACGCCUUCGCUAUGCCAAACGACGUGCACUCAAACCCAUUGAGAUGUCCGCUUAGAAUUGAGGUUGCAAUAGGGAUUUUACCUGUCGAUCAAUUGACUGCAACUCUCGUCAAACUACUCGCUGCUUUUGGAUUUGUGCCAAUGUACUGUCAUCGACAUGGUACUCCAAAUCAGCCACGAUCCUAUCAAGUGGUGCAUGAGUGUGGUGGAAUGUUUGUGUCGUUGGAAACUCCUCCAUCAACCGCAACCGAUGCCCAACCACAAACGGCACACGUUUUUUGGUCUUGGAAUCACAUGCUCAGUCAUCGAUAUCGUACUACUGCCUUGAAAGAUAUCAUGGAGGAUUUUCAAGAUUAUAUGCUUCGAGAGUUUCGUGAUGUCUGCAAAAAUGUUGAUGGGAGAUUACUCAAAUUCUACGAGAAAUCCUUUUUGAAUCGAGUCGGCCUCAAUGGUUUAUUG